UAUCGGUGUCCUUUUGCCGGUAUAUAAAGUCCUUGAAUUUGAAUUUGGCAAGUUUGUUUGUUACGACCUCCAAAAUGAAAGUUUGGGUAGUUCUUCUUGCGGUCUUCGUCACCUUCCAGCUCAUCGCAGGUUACCCCAAAGGCAAGGCUCACCUAGCCCUGGAGCAGCUGAUGAAGAACAAGCUGCACAAGCCAUGGCACACCACUGACAAGCCCCAGGAGUACCCCAGGAAAGGGGAGUACCCCUGCAAGGCCGGGAUCUGUAAGACCAAGCACUCGAGCUACCAGGAUCUCCAAGAACCAGUACCAUUGGAUGUGAAUUGGGAUUAUGUUAAGCAGUGAAAGAUGUUAGUGACUAUGGGGGUUAAAGCUUUAUGCUCUAAAAGAGGCUAGAACACUUGUAAAUUACCAUACGAAUAAUUGAU